AUGGGAAAGAAAAAGAAGAAGACUGUAAUGCGCCCAUGGUGCUGGUACUGUGAACGAGAUUUCGAAGACGAAAAAGUUCUAAUACAACAUCAAAAAGCCAAGCAUUUUAAAUGUCCACAUUGUAGUAAAAAGUUAAAUACAGCGGGAGGGAUGGUUGUUCACGUUGCUCAAGUUCACAAGGAGACAAUAAGCAUAGUGCCAAAUGCGUUACAAGGUAGAGAAUCAGCCGACGUGGAAAUCUUUGGUAUGGAAGGAAUCCCUCCGGCUGAUUUAAUAGCUCAUCAGGAAGCGUUAGAGGGUGAUAAUCGUGGUCAUAAAAAACAAAAAGCAGACGAUGAUGAAUUAUCACAUGAAGAAAUACAAAAACAACUUGCGCAGCAUCAAGCGAUGAUGCAGAGUACUCCUUCGAGUAUUCCAUAUUCUUACUCCGGCUAUAAUUCUUCACAAAUGCCAUCACUAAUGCCGCAUCAAUAUAGUUCAUUCUACCAGAGACCUGUAGUAACCUCGAGUCAAUCUUUCCAACAAAGUGCAAUACCUGGCCAAGCUUCCGCAACAGGCCAACCUUCUCUUUGGCGUCCUCCCGUUGCCGGUGUCUCUACAUUAUCAGGACCGACACCUUAUAGCACUCCGUCACCUUUUACAUCGACAGUCAACCCAGCUUUUUCUGGGCCACAAUUUCCUUCUAGACCAAUAAUACCGACAGCAAAUCCGCAAUCGCAAGUUUAUCCAAUAUCUUCGCAUUUACCUAUUACAUCCAAUGAUAAUUAUAAUCUAUUUAGUGGUUCCUCUGGUUCUACUUUAACACAAUAUCAAUCACAACAUGUUGGAGGCUCCGGAUUAACUCCUUCAGCUGCUUCUGAAAAUAUAGCAGAACAAUCAUUUAAUGGCUCUAAAAAACCGAUAUCUACUGUUCUUGUAUAUAGUGAUAACGAGGUUUCCCCCGAAGAAAAACGCGCUGCCCUCGAAAAAUAUCGAUAUAGUGAAGAAGAUAUCAAAACUCAGGUGCAUGCUCUCGAUCUCUCUGUCGAAUCACGUAUUGCAAAUCUUAAAGGGAGGAAUCGAGAAAAAGUUAGAAGAGAUGAAGAAAAAGCAAGACAAGAGAAUGAGGCUAAGACUGAGAGAGCACUCUUAGCUGAGCGAGAACAUCGGCUUAAUCUCCUUAGGCAACGUGCUAAACAAAGAAAUGAAGGAGUAAAUACAUCAGAGACUACUACAACAGCAAUAGAUAAUAACAAUCCACCUGGCUUAUUGACAGAGAAGUCACUGAUCACGUUUUCUUCAGCUGAAACAUCUCUAUCUUCAAUUGUGAAAAAUGUUGUUGAUCAGAAACAAGUGGAAGAAACUGCGAUAAUAUCAAAAAGUAACAGUAAUCCGGAAGGGCAUAUCAAUUUUUGGGCGGAGCUGGAAGAAAAUAGUUUGAAGCAAAAAGUAUCGGCUAAUCCUGAGUAUGAAGCUGAAAAGAAGGCCAAGGAAGAUAAAUGGGAAAGGACAAUUACCAUGUACCUUGACGAUGUUUCUAAAGAUUUAAAACCAUGGUACGGUUCAUUAUCAUCAUCAGAUGCACGAAUACUAGAAGAGGAAAAAGAAAAAUUGAAAAAAUCUAAGGAAGAUAAACUUAAAUUGCGCAAUGAUCCUUUGACUUCAAUUAAUCAUCUUAUCGACAAGAAAUCUCAAAAUAAAAAAACUAUUAAGGAUUUAAAAAAAACUUAUUCUAUUGUAAAGAGGAUUGAAUCGUCUUCAUCCGCUUCUGAAUUGUUAGAUGAUCCAAUGAAAAAAAUAGAGUUGCUUCGUGCCGAGCGAAUACAAAGAGAGCGCCAAGAACGCUUAAAAGUUCGACAACUUUUAAAUCCAAACGUUACUAGUAAUAGUGAAGAAACAAAAGGUUAUAAUUCGCAGUAUAACCCGGAAGCCACUGAUGCAGCUCAUCACAUUUCUGGACACCAA